ACCGAGGAGUGAGCAGCGGCCGAGCCCCGACGGCACGGUGCAUGGAGCUGGGCUGCUGAAAGCCGCCAGCGCUGGAGGGCCUCUGACCACCCGCCAAGUCCUGGCUCCGAGGCUCCCAGCCGGCUUGCUGUCUCCUGUCAGCCCCAGGACCCGCCGGGGUCCUAGGGACCGGGCGUUCCGAUCGCCCAGCCAUGGAGCGGUGCAGCCGCUGCCACCGCCUCCUCCUUCUCCUGCCUCUGGUGCUGGGGCUGAGCGCUGUCCCGGGCUGGACAGGUACACCCUCUGUGGAUGUGUUACGUGCCCUGAGGUUCCCCUCCCUCCCUGAUGGUGUGCGGAAGGCAAAAGGGAUCUGUCCAGCCGAUGUGGCCUACCGAGUGUCACGACCUGCCCAGCUUAGUGCCCCCACCCGCCAGCUCUUCCCAGGAGGUUUUCCCAAAGAUUUCUCACUGCUGACUGUUGUCCGGACCCGACCUGGCCUCCAGGCUCCUCUCCUGACCCUGUACAGUGCCCAGGGUAUCCAACAGCUGGGCCUGGAGCUUGGCCGACCGGUCCGCUUUCUGUACGAGGACCAAACUGGAUGGCCACAACCCCCAGCUCAGCCAGUCUUCCGAGGUCUUAGUUUAGCAGAUGGCAAGUGGCACCGUGUGGCUGUGGCUGUGAAGGGGCAGUCUGUCACCCUUAUUGUGGACUGUAAGAAGCGAGUCACUCGGCCCCUUCCCCGAAGUGCUCGGCCGGUGUUGGACACCCAUGGGGUGGUGAUCUUUGGUGCCCAUGUCCUAGAUGAAGAAGUCUUUGAGGGUGACGUUCAGGAGCUUGUCAUCGUCCCGGGCGUCCGGGCUGCCUAUGAAUCUUGUGAACAGAAGGAUCUGGAAUGUGAGGGGGCACAGAGGGACAGACCUCAGAACCAGCAGCCUCACAGAGCCCAGAGAUCUCCAAAGCAGCAACCGUCAAGACUUCAUAGGCCACAGAGCCAGGAGCCUGAGCGACAGCCUGAGUCCCUCUACUAUGACUACGAGCCCCCCUAUUAUGAUGUGAUGACUACUGGAAUGACACCUGACUAUCAGUACCCCAUCCCAGGUGAAGAGGAAGGAGUCCUGGAGUCAAGUCCCUUGCCAUUCCCUGAGGAGGAGCAGACAGAUCUCCAGGUCCCCCCCACAGCCGACAGGUUCCGGGCAGAGGAAUAUGGGGAGGGUGGCACAGACUCCCCAGCAGGGCUCUACGAUUACACCUAUGGCUAUGGGGACGAUUAUCGUGAGGAAACCGAGCUCGGUCCUGCCCUCUCUGCAGAGACAGCCCACUCAGGAGCCACCGCCCAUGGACCCCGGGGACUAAAGGGAGAGAAGGGAGAGCCUGCGGUGCUGGAGCCUGGUAUGUUCGUGGAGGGACCCCCUGGCCCAGAAGGCCCUGCGGGAUUAGCUGGACCCCCUGGCAUCCAGGGGAACCCAGGCCCAGUUGGAGACCCUGGCGAGAGGGGCCCCCCUGGCCGGGCAGGGCUCCCUGGAUCAGAUGGAGCCCCUGGUCCUCCUGGCACAUCCCUGAUGCUCCCAUUCCGGUUUGGCAGUAGUGGAGGUGACAAGGGCCCUGUGGUGGCAGCCCAGGAGGCUCAGGCCCAGGCGAUUCUGCAGCAAGCACGGCUGGCACUUCGGGGACCUCCUGGCCCCAUGGGAUACACAGGCCGCCCUGGACCCUUGGGUCAGCCGGGGAGCCCUGGCUUGAAGGGAGAAUCUGGAGACUUGGGACCUCAGGGCCCCAGAGGACCUCAGGGCCUCACAGGCCCUCCUGGCAAGGCUGGGAGAAGGGGCCGAGCGGGUGCUGACGGAGCCCGAGGAAUGCCUGGGGAACCUGGAGUGAAGGGUGACCGAGGUUUUGAUGGACUCCCAGGGUUACCUGGGGAGAAGGGACACAGGGGUGAUACUGGUGCCCAGGGCCUUCCUGGGCCCCCUGGUGAGGACGGAGAGCGGGGUGAUGACGGGGAGAUUGGGCCGCGGGGGCUGCCUGGAGAGUCGGGACCCCGAGGACUUCUUGGCCCCAAGGGUCCACCUGGUAUUCCUGGACCCCCGGGAGUCCGAGGCAUGGACGGCCCAAAUGGCCCCAAAGGGAGCUUGGGACCUCAAGGAGAGCCAGGACCUCCGGGACAACAGGGCACUCCUGGGACCCAGGGUCUCCCUGGACCUCAGGGUGCUGUUGGUCCUCAUGGAGAGAAGGGUCCUCGAGGAAAACCAGGGCUCCCUGGCAUGCCUGGAUCAGAUGGGCCCCCGGGUCACCCAGGGAAGGAAGGGCCCCCUGGAACCAAAGGAAACCAGGGUCCCUCUGGACCUCAGGGUCCUCUAGGAUACCCAGGCCCUCGAGGUGUCAAGGGUGUGGAUGGAAUUCGGGGCCUAAAGGGUCACAAGGGUGAAAAGGGCGAGGAUGGCUUCCCAGGGUUCAAAGGUGACAUAGGUGUGAAAGGAGACAGGGGUGAAGUUGGAGUUCCCGGUUCCAGGGGAGAGGAUGGCCCCGAAGGGCCCAAGGGACGCACUGGACCCACUGGAGACCCUGGGGCCCCUGGGCUCAUUGGCGAAAAGGGCAAGCUGGGUGUUCCUGGUCUGCCUGGCUACCCGGGACGCCAGGGUCCCAAGGGGUCCCUGGGGUUUCCUGGUUUUCCUGGAGCCAGUGGAGAGAAGGGAGCCCGGGGCCUGUCUGGGAAAGCAGGACCUCGGGGAGAAAGGGGCCCCACGGGCCCAAGGGGCCAGCGGGGACCCAGAGGCGCCACUGGCAAGUCUGGAGCCAAGGGAACAUCAGGUGGUGAUGGCCCCCACGGGCCCCCCGGAGAGAGGGGUCUCCCUGGACCUCAGGGCCCCAGUGGAUUUCCUGGCCCCAAAGGCCCUCCAGGCCCCCCUGGGAAGGAUGGGCUGCCAGGACACCCAGGCCAGAGAGGAGAAGUGGGUUUCCAAGGGAAGACUGGCCCUCCAGGACCCCCUGGAGUGGUGGGACCUCAGGGAGCUGCAGGGGAAAGUGGUCCCAUGGGGGAGAGAGGUCACCCGGGACCCCCUGGACCUCCUGGAGAGCAAGGACUGUCUGGCACAUCUGGAAAGGAAGGGACAAAGGGUGAUCCUGGUCCCCCUGGAGCCCCAGGGAAGGAUGGUCCUGCUGGUCUGAGGGGCUUCCCAGGAGAGAGAGGCCUCCCGGGCACUGCUGGUGGACCCGGCUUGAAAGGGAAUGAAGGUCCUGCUGGACCCCCUGGCCCUGCAGGAUCCCCUGGGGAGCGAGGUGGAGCAGGAUCAGGUGGCCCUAUUGGCCCCCCAGGGCGCCCAGGCCCUCAGGGUCCCCCUGGAGCAGCAGGGGAGAAAGGUGUUCCGGGUGAGAAGGGCCCUAUUGGUCCAACUGGCCGUGAUGGGGUGCAGGGUCCUGUGGGGCUUCCUGGUCCUGCAGGACCCCCAGGUGUGGCUGGAGAGGAUGGAGACAAGGGUGAGGUGGGAGACCCAGGACAGAAGGGCACCAAAGGACACAAAGGCGAACAUGGCCCUCCUGGACCUCCUGGCCCCAUUGGUCCUGUGGGGCAGCCUGGAGCUGUGGGAGCUGAUGGGGAGCCUGGAGCUCGGGGGCCCCAGGGACAUUUUGGAGCCAAAGGUGAUGAAGGAACAAGAGGGUUCAACGGGCCCCCAGGACCCACUGGCCUACAGGGCUUGCCAGGACCCUCCGGGGAAAAAGGAGAAACAGGAGACGUGGGGCCCAUGGGACCUCCUGGCCCCCCAGGACCUCGAGGCCCAGCUGGACCCAAUGGUGCUGACGGCCCUCAAGGUCCCCCUGGAGGUGUUGGGAACCUGGGUCCCCCUGGAGAGAAGGGGGAGCCAGGAGAGCCAGGAUCUCCAGGUGUCCAGGGUGAGCCAGGUGUCAAGGGUCCACGAGGGGAGCGUGGGGAGAAAGGAGAGUCCGGGCAGGCCGGCGAGGCGGGACCACCAGGGCCUAAAGGCCCCACAGGCGAUGACGGCCCCAAGGGGAAUCCUGGUCCUGUUGGCUUUCCUGGGGACCCUGGCCCCCCUGGAGAAGGUGGCCCUCGGGGCCAGGAUGGUGCUAAGGGUGACCGAGGAGAGGAUGGCGAGCCAGGACAGCCUGGAUCCCCUGGUCCUACUGGGGAGAAUGGACCCCCUGGACCUCUUGGAAAACGGGGACCUGCUGGCACUCCAGGUCCAGAGGGACGACAAGGAGAGAAAGGCGCCAAGGGUGACCCUGGUGCUGUGGGCGCCCCUGGAAAGACGGGUCCCGUAGGUCCUGCAGGCCCAGCAGGAAAGCCUGGUCCUGAUGGUCUGAGGGGCCUCCCAGGCUCCGUGGGUCAGCAAGGCCAUCCUGGAGCCACAGGCCAGGCUGGACCCCCAGGUCCUGUGGGACCCCCAGGACUUCCUGGCCUCCGAGGUGAUGCUGGAGCCAAGGGAGAGAAGGGUCACCCUGGUCUUAUUGGACUGAUUGGGCCUACCGGAGAACAAGGAGAGAAGGGUGAUCGGGGUCUUCCUGGCCCUCAGGGCUCUCCAGGACAGAAGGGAGAGACGGGUAUCCCAGGAGCAUCUGGUCCCAUUGGUCCUGGGGGGCCUCCUGGCCUGCCUGGACCUGCUGGCCCCAAAGGAGCCAAAGGAGCCACAGGCCCAGCUGGACCCAAGGGAGAGAAGGGCGUCCAGGGCCCUCCAGGACACCCGGGUCCCCCUGGUGAGGUGAUCCAGCCACUGCCCAUCCAGAUGCCCAAGAAGACCCGCCGCUCCGUGGAUGGAAGUCGCCUGAUGCAGGAAGAUGAAGCUGUACCCACCGGGGGUGCCCCCGGCAGUCCUGGGGGGCUAGAGGAGAUCUUUGGCUCUCUGGACUCACUGCGAGAGGAGAUUGAGCAGAUGAGGAGGCCGACAGGGACCCAGGACAGCCCCGCCCGUACCUGCCAGGACCUGAAGCUGUGCUACCCUGAGCUGCCCGAUGGAGAGUAUUGGGUGGAUCCCAACCAGGGCUGUGCUCGGGAUGCCUUCCGAGUGUUCUGCAACUUUACAGCUGGAGGAGAGACGUGUGUGACACCCAGGGAUGACGUCACACAGUUCUCCUAUGUGGACUCUGAGGGCUCCCCAGUGGGUGUGGUCCAGCUCACCUUCCUGCGCCUGCUUAGCGUCUCCGCCCACCAGGACAUCUCCUACCCUUGCUCUGGAGUAUCCCAGGAUGGUCCCCUGAGACUCCGGGGGGCCAACGAGGAUGAGUUGAGCCCUGAGACCAGCCCCUAUGUUAAAGAGUUCAGAGAUGGCUGUCAGACCCAGCAAGGCCGGACGGUGCUGGAGGUGCGCACACCUCUGCUGGAGCAGCUGCCGGUGCUGGACGCCUCCUUCUCAGACCUUGGGGCCCCCUCGAGGCGGGGAGGCGUGAUGUUGGGGCCUGUCUGCUUCAUGGGCUAGGACCUUCUCUGAUCCUGUUGGUCAGAACCAGGCUGACCAGGAGUCAUACAGCAUGGGCUCCUCACCACCUCCCGUGAAGACUCCUUAUCAUCUAGGGGGCCUUGGGCCAGGGCACAUUGAGCCCCAAGUCAGGGGCGGUCAGGGGAGGGGUGAAUCAGGGCAUGCUGGGACAGCCCAGGGGAGGGGUGGCACCCAGGGCUCCGAUCCCUCCCACCUGGAGCCUGUGUCCCUUUAGAAAGCUGAGAUCCUUAUUUAAAACACUUCCCAGUUACCCCAAACAAGUGGAAGAGAAAGGACACUGUGUAUUUUGUAUUUAAAAAAGUAAUUAUAUUAAUUAUUUAAAGAGUGGAAAAACAAAAUAACAAGGUAAAAGAAAAAUGCCAAACUCUGCCCUCCCCCCAGCAGAUGUCGGGGGACUAGGGUGUGGCAGCCUUUCCUCCCCUCAGGGUUUCUUCAGUGCCUGUGGGUGUGGCUGUCCAGGCUGAACCCCACCUCACUUACCCCCGACUUGGAACACUAAGACCGCUGGGACAUGGGGAGUGAGGCCAGACUGGAGGGACUGUGUGGGGCCUGCAGGUCAGCAGGUUAUUGAAAUAUAGAAGUUCUUCCCCGUGGCUGGAAAAUUGCCAUGGCUCUGAGCACCCCGAGUAUUGCUGACCUGGCCACAUUAGUCCCUCCCCUGGGCACCUCCUCUCUGUCCCUGAUCCUGGAGAGAAAGUUACUGUCCAACCUUUGGCCAGAAAAGCCUCCCAGGACCCUCUAAGCCCUCUGCCCAAGUCCAU